UGUUUGUGUUCAGUAUGUUGCAAUGGGGACCGCUGCAAUGAUUUUCGACCUGAACUCUGUGAGCCUGGCUUUGGUUCUGGGUUUGAUCUUUCUGGUUCUGUUUGAGAUGAUGAGGAUUCAUUUCACCAAAGCCCGAAAUCCGCCUGGACCCACACCUUUCCCUUUUGUGGGAACUGUACCAUAUUUUAUAAAGGAUCCAAUGGGAUCCGUCAGAUCAAUCAGCCAGUUUGGAGAAUUGUCCACUAUUUACCUGGGAAGAAAACCAGCAAUAAUCCUGAACACACUGGAGAUCAACAAGGAAGCCCUGGUGCAAGAAGGUUCAUCUUUUUCUGGAAGACCAGUUAUACCUGUUAUAGAAUGGAUAACUAAAGGACUCGGUAUUGUGAUGGUGACGUACGGUCACACCUGGAGACAGCAGAGAAGGUUUGCUCUCCACACGUUUAGAAACUUCGGCCUGGGAAAGAAAUCUGUAGAAGAGCGUGUGUUAGAUGAAGGCCAUUACCUGGUUACUGAGAUGCUCAAAGAUGAAGGUACCGCAUUUGACCCACAGCACGCCUUACAGAAUGCAGUUUCCAAUAUAAUCUGUUCCAUCAUAUUUGGAGAUCGCUUUGAAUAUGAUAACAAACGCUUUGCAUACCUUCUGAAAAUCCUCAAUGAGAACUUUAUGCUGACAGGGUCACCUGUGGGACAGAUCUUCAACUUGGUUCCUUUCAUCAAACACUUCCCUGGACCUCACCAAAAGAUCAAUCAGAAUGCCACUGAGUUACUGGAUUUCAUCCGUGAAGAAGUUAAAGAACACAAACAAACUUUGGAUCCAGAAAACCCUCGAGACUUCAUUGAUGCCUAUAUGUUAGAGAUUGAGAAACAAAAAUCACACGAGGACUCAACGUUUCAUGAGGAGAACAUGGUUAUGUCAGCAGCCGACCUCUUCUUGGCUGGAACCGACACAACGUCCACCACCAUUAGAUGGGGACUCAUUUUCUUGAUGGACAACCCAGAUGUACAAGAGCGAUGUCAUAAGGAGAUUGUUCAGGUGUUGGGUUAUGAUCGUCUGCCCAAAAUGGAUGACCGCGACAAACUUCCAUACACAUACGCCACUGUUCAUGAGAUUCAGCGCUGUGCCAACAUUGUUCCUUUUGGUGUAGUUCAUGAAACCACACAGCCAACCAAACUAAGAGGAUAUGACAUUCCCAAGGGAACUAUGAUCAUGACAAACUUAACAGCAAUUUUCAGAAAUAAGGAGCACUGGAAAUAUCCGGACACUUUCUGUCCAGAAAAUUUCUUAGAUGAGAACGGACAUUUCUACAAACCUGAGGCGUUCAUCGCUUUUUCAAUGGGUCCAAGGGUUUGUCUUGGAGAGACCCUGGCAAGGACAGAGCUUUUCCUUUACAUUGUGUCUCUACUACAGCGGAUUCAUUUCUCCUGGCCAUCGAACUCACAGCAUCCAGACAUGGAUGGUAUCCUGGGUCUGGUGAGAUACCCUGAGCACUUUAAAAUCAUCUGUCAUAGCCGAGAUGCCAAAGACGGACCAUCAGUGACCCGACCAAACACGCCAAAAGAAAGAAAAGAACACUGAAAUCUGUCUGCAUCCACAUUCAGAAUAAAAGCUCCUGCUCAGAAUCUACAGAUACAUUUUCUGAAGAUUGUUGAGGUCCUGGAUUAAUGUAUUGACUAUUUUUUCCUAAGCAUCCUUUGAUUUCCUCCCCCAAUGACAAUUGCUCACCAUCUCCCCUCAUUUUUAGGAAACCGAAACAUUUUUAUUUCCGACAGGUCUUUGUACCAAAGGUCAGUUUAGCCACAUGGAUAAAACAAACACAGACCAGAAGUUACAGUUUUUACCAAUUGCUUACACACGUUUUUAAAACUAAGUCUCCUUUUUUUCAAAACUCUACACACAAUUCUCAAAACUGCAAACACAAAAUGCAAAGUAGCUCACAUCUCCUUCAAAAUGCAACACUGCAUUCAAAAUGCCAAAAACACGUCAGAAUAAAGCAUUUGUAUCAAAUGGCAAACACUUCUUUCAUAAUAAUACAUUUUUGAAUAUACCAGGUAAACACUGCUGUUCUAAAUCUAAAGCUCUUUGGUCUUUCAUAGGCUUAUAUCUACAUUUCAAUACAAUGUUCUACAUUGAAAGUAAUCUGCUGAGAGGGGUAACAAGUACACUGAAAACGCAAAUGCAAUGUAGAAACAGAAAAUAUUUAUUAGUUCAAACAUUACUGUUGUAUACAUUAGCAUACAACAAAACUAUAAACAUGUAAACCAAUAGUAUAUUUUUUUACAGUAGAAUACAGUAAA